AUGGGGUUCGGCGUGUUGGAGGCGAAUACCACUGCGCACGUUCCAGGAACUGUCCUUCUGGACCAGCGAGCUGCCCAUUCCGAGCAUCAGACGGGUCGUUUGAAACAUGGAACAGGGAAGAAUGCCCAUAUUGUUUUGGCACCACAGCCUUCUGAGGACCCGAACGAUCCAUUGAACUGGUCGUCUCUCAAGAAGCAUAUUGUGCUGGCGAUCAUUUUCUUUGGCGUAAUCGUCCACGGCGUGGUUCCGGGACCAAUUCUCAAUGCUGGUAUCAUUCAAAUCUCCCUGGAUCUCAAUCGCUCCCCAACUGAUAUCGCCAAACUUUCUGGCUAUUCUCUCCUCGCGACCGGGGCCAUGGGUCCGUUCGCGUCUGCUUUGGGUCGAAAAUACGGCAAACGACCCAUGUACGUAUUCUCAUCUUUGAUCGGCACAAUCGGAAUCAUCGUCUCCGAAGUAGCGUCCGGCUACAACACGCUCCUGUCAGGUCGGGUUCUUCAAGGUAUAGGCAUCGCUGCGUACGAAUCUCUCGCUGUGGCGUCCAUAGGCGACAUGUUUUUCGUCCAUGAGAGAGGGCCACGGGUUGCUGUUAUCAUAUUCCUUUUGGCUGCCAUAUCCAACGGAAUCUCCAUUAUUGCCGGCGUCAUCACCGAUCAUCUUGGCUGGCACUAUAACUUCCAUAUCUACAUACCGUUUGCAGCGCUCCAAACGGUCCUAGUAAUCUUUUACUGUCCCGAAACAAUGUAUCGACGCAAAGCCAUAUACGAAAUCGACACGGCCGGCUCCGAGGAAAACCUGGAAAAGCUUGCAAGCGUUGAGUCGCGAGCUGCACAUCACUUGGAGCGACCUGUCGGUGCAACCACGACCGGUGCAAACACUGACUUGGAGAAAACAAUGACCAAUACCACCCAUACGUCGGUGGAAUCGAUAUCCCCACCAAAAACCUUUAUGCAAGAACUCGCCCUCUAUAACGGUACCUUUGUGGAAGAUUCCGUCAUCAAAAUGGCCAUUGCCUCUGUUGCAAUCCUCCUCAACUUAGGAGCGCUCUAUCAGGUCUUGAUGACAGGAGUCAUUAUUGCUUGGUAUGUGGCUGUGGCAAUUCUCUCAGGUGUCAUCUUCGCCUCGCCUCCCUACCUCAUGUCCUCCGCCUCUGUGGGAUACAUGUCAGCAGGGCCGUUCAUCGGCGGGCUAUUGGGUGCAGUCUUUUCAUUUGUGGUCUCGGAGCCACUCGUCAAAACGAUGUCGCGUCGAAACAACGGCGUCUAUGAGCCGGAAUUUGCGCUCCUCCCUGUCACCCUUGGUGGGAUAUGCUCGGUUGCCGGCCUGGUUGGCUGGGCCUACGCUGUCAAGAACUUUGAGAAUAUCUACUUGAUCUGCUUCAUUUGGGGAGUCAUUCUGUUUGGAAUGACGAUAAUUGCUAGCUUUGCGACACAGUGGGCUCUCGACGCUUAUCGACAAAACAGCACCGAAGUGUUUAUUAUGAACAUGGUAUUCAAAAACUUCUUCUUCUAUGGGCUUACAAACUAUGUCAUCGACUGGUACAUAAAACAUGGGCCUGUCGAGAUGGCAGGGACCAUGGCAGGGAUUACUGGGUUCUUAUGCCUGCUUGGGGUGCCGAUGUACAUCUUCGGGAAGAGAUACCGAUAUUUCUGGCACAAGCAUAAUGCACUGAAGUGGUUACACCUGGAAACCGACCAUGCUGGCGCUGAAGGGGGUAUGUGA